AGCGAGAAUUGUACAGGAACGUGAUGUUAGAGAACUACAGGAACCUGGCCUCCUUGGGUCUUGUGGUCUCUAAGCCAGACCUGGUCACCUUUCUGGAGCAAAUGAAGACUCCCUGGGAUGUAAGGAGACUGGAGACGCCAGCCGUAUACACAGGUAGCAAAAGUUACAAGUGUAAGCAAUGUGAGAAAGCCUUUACUAACUCAUCCAGUCUAAGUAGACACAGGAAAAUUCAUUCAGGAUGGAAACCUUUCAAAUACACAGAGUGUGGCAACACCUCUAAGCAGAAUUCAGAGCUUAGUCAAGAUCAGCAAAUCCACACGGGCAAGAAAGCUUAUGAAUGUAAAGAAUGUGAAAAAGCAUUUAUGUGUUACUCAAACCUUAGUCAACAUCAGCGCAUUCACACUGGGGAGAGGCCUUAUAAAUGUGCAGAGUGUGGCAAAGCCUUUAAUCAGAAGUCAUAUCUUAGUGAUCACCAGAGAAUUCAUACUGGAGAGAAACCUUAUAAAUGUAAAGAAUGCGGAAAAGCCUUCAGUCGCUGCUCAACUCUUACUCAACACCAGCGAAUUCAUACUGGAGAGAAGCCUUAUAAAUGUAAAGAAUGUGGAAGAGCCUUCAGUUACUACUCAGCUCAUCAUGAACACCAGCGAAUUCAUUCUGGAGAGAAGCCUUAUAAAUGUAAAGAAUGCGGAAAAGCCUUCAGUCGCUGCUCAACUCUUAUUGAACACCAGAGAAUUCAUACUGGGGAGAGGCCUUAUAAAUGUAAGUUUUGUGGCAAAGACUUUAGCAAGCACUCUCGUCUUACUCUCCAUCAGAGAAUUCAUACUGGAGAGAGGCCUCAUAAAUGUGAGGAUUGUGGCAAAGCGUUUAGACAGCAGUCAUGUCUUACUACACAUCAAGUAAUCCAUACUGGAGAGAAAUCUUAUAAAUGUAAAGAAUGCGGAAAAGCCUUCAGUUACCGCUCAACUCUUACUCAACACCAGAGAAUUCAUACUGGAGAGAAGCCUUAUAAAUGUAAAGAAUGUGGAAAAGCCUUCAGGUACCACUUAACUCUUACUCGACACCACCGAAUUCAUACUGGAGAGAAGCCUUAUAAAUGUAUAGAAUGCGGAAAAGCCUUCAGGCAGUACUCAAAUCUUACUCAACACCAGAGAAUUCAUACUGGGGAGAGGCCUUAUAAAUGUAAGGAUUGUGGCAAAGACUUUAGCAGUUACUCAGGUCUAACUUACCAUCAGAGAAUUCAUACUGGAGAGAAGCCUUAUAAAUGUAAAGAAUGUGGAAAAGCCUUCAGUUACUACUCAACUCUUACUCAACACCACCGAAUUCAUACUGGAGAGAAGCCUUAUAAAUGUAUAGAAUGCGGAAAAGCCUUCAGUCAGUACUCAAAUCUUACUCAACACCAGAGAAUUCAUACUGGGGAGAGGCCUUAUAAAUGUAAGGAUUGUGGCAAAGACUUUAGCAGUUACUCAGGUCUAACUUACCAUCAGAGAAUUCAUACUGGAGAGAAACCUUAG